GUAACUGUCGAGGAUCUAAGAGUGGAUGUGCAAAUAAAUAAGCUAACCUAAUUUAUUAUUUAAGGAAUGUCGAAUGUAAUGCCAUAAAUUCUUUUACUAUUAUCUCGAUUUUUUUGUUUUUAAGCGUCAAUUUAUAGGACUUUUGAAGAAGUGCAAAAACAAAAAUAAAAAGAAUCCGACCUAACACUAACUAAGAUUAUUUAGCAACAUUUUUUAUUAAAAAGCGAAUAUUAAUACUUAAUAUCAAAUAUCAAUUGAAAUGAAUAUUGUUCAUCAGUGUAGAGAUUCAAACAAAAGUUGUGGUGUUGAUGAAGAAUUAGAAUUCUCAACAAUGAAAAGAAUAAAAUUAGAGCCAGGUGGUAUUUUUUCUCAAGAUGAUGACAUAAUAGCUCAGUUACAACAAGAAUCUUCAGAUUUAGAAGUUGAACCCAGUUUCACGUUAGAAAGUGUUGUGAAUGGAGAUGACAACUAUGAAGGUGUAAUAAAGCAGCACAUGGAUAUUAGAGAACCUUUAUCAACACUUAGAAAUCUAUUAGAGCAAAGAUUGAGUAUUGAAUUAUUGGAUUAUACCUUUUGGUUACAAGAUACGCAAAUGUUUGAAAGUCAUAAGAACUUAGUGGAUCAAUGUGUACAAGGUGAGGGUUUGGUACAAGUAAAUGUUCAGAUUAAACAAUCUCAGAAGCGUAUAAAUAUUGUUGAUGUAUUAAAGCCAACAGAAGACUACAUGGAUACUACAGAAAAUAACUGUAAGGGUAGACUUAUUAUUAUAUUUUUAAAUCAUACAAAAAAUUGUCUAAAUAUAAUAUAUAUGCAUAUAGUGCCAUUAUUCAUACCAGAAGAAGAAAAUAAAACUGUUAUCAGAUGGAUAGUUGAUGCUCAGUACAAAAAAGAUCAGGAACGCUUGAAAAUCCCUACUGAUCCAAAAGAGUGGACACAAACGCAUGUAAAACAUUGGCUUCAAUGGGCAGUUAGACAAUUUAAUCUUGUUUCUUUAAAGCUUGCUGAUUGGAAUAUAACAGGUCUUCAACUUUGUAAUUUAACUCUUGAAGAAUUUCAAAUGAAAGUACCUCUUGAUCCAGGAGAUGUGUUUUGGACACAUUUAGAAUUAUUGAGAAAAUGUAAGUUUGUCGCUGUUGUACAAAAAGAAUGUCACUCACAAAUAAAUAACAACAAAAUUGAUAAAAAUGUGAAACCUAAAUUGCCAAGAACCAGUAAGCCUCGAGCGAUAACUACUCAUUCAAGUCGAAUUCUCAGUAUGCCACUAGCAAAUCUUGAAUCUACAUCUCUUGCGCUAAGUACAACAAGCAAAUCAGUAAAUAGUGGCCAAAUACAGCUUUGGCAAUUUUUAUUAGAAUUAUUAACUGACCGAGAGCAGAAAAGUGCUAUUCAAUGGAUUGGAACUGAAGGAGAAUUCAAAUUAAAUCAACCUGAAGCGGUUGCACAGUUGUGGGGAGCAAGAAAAAAUAAGCCAUCAAUGAAUUAUGAAAAACUUAGCCGAGCUUUACGUUAUUAUUAUGAUGGUGAUAUGAUUUCUAAAGUACAAGGAAAACGUUUUGUAUAUAAGUUCGUCUGUGAUCUUAAACAAUUGCUAGGUUAUUCUGCGGCUGAAUUAAGUAAAUUAAUUGAUGAAAGUAGACAAUACUUCUAAUCAGUUGUUUUACGACGUAGGAUCAUUCAUGAGAAUUUUCAAGUAAAAAAUACUAUGAAUUUCAUGUAUCUCACCUUCAUUUUUUUAAAAAGAUAAUAGUUGUAUAAAAUUGUACAUCGUAAAUAUUAGUAUAUUUUAUACUUUUAUCACAAGUUAAUUUUUCAUAAUAAUAUAUUAAAGUAAAUAUAAGUUUUGAAUAUCAAACAUCUGUACCAAGAACAACGAAUGUAAAGCAAUUAUA